UCCAUACAGUGACACUGUUUCUUAAUAUCUUUGGAUGUUUGGCCUGGUUUUACGUUGAUGCUACGCGAGGGGUUGAUUUUGGAUUGAGUGUUCUCUGGUUCUUGCUUUUUACCCCUUGUUCUUUUGUCUGCUGGUACAGACCACUUUAUGGAGCUUUCAGGAGUGACAGUUCAUUCAGGUUCUUUGUGUUCUUCUUUGUAUAUAUCUGUCAGUUUGCUGUACAUGUACUUCAAGCUGCAGGAUUUCAAAGAUGGGGAAACUGCGGGUGGAUUUCAUCUCUGACCGGUCUUAACAAGAGUAUUCCUGUUGGCAUUAUGAUGAUAAUCGUAGCUGCACUUUUCACAGCAUCUGCUGUUAUCUCAUUAGUUAUGUUUAAAAAGGUGCACGGUCUGUACCGCACGACUGGUGCCAGUUUUGAGAAAGCGCAGCAGGAGUUUGCCACGGGAGUGAUGUCCAACAAAACUGUACAGACUGCUGCAGCCAACGCCGCCUCAACUGCAGCAACCAGCGCAGCUCAGAACGCGUUCAAGGGUAACCGGAUGUAGGGGAGCACAGGUCGCCACGGUUCU